AUGCUGGUCUCGGAGAGGGCACAGCCGCUGCGGCUUUUCAACUGUUUACUUCUACGUGCUCACCAAGACAACGAUGAGACGUCCACCCUGCACACGAACUCAGCCUCCACCUCACCCACCCCCGACACCAUCGCAGCCGCAACAGCACUCGGUGCAACGCGUCUGUAUUUCACUGAAGGCGGGCCAUCAGCCAACCUAACGGCGCUGCAGUGCUACCUCAGAGUUGAAGAGGCGCGCAGCACAUGCCCGCUGCUGCGCGUGUUGCAACUAGCGCCGCAGGCGCCAACAGGCAACAUGCAGCCGCUCGUAUACGUUGAGCAGGAUACGCAGAGUGCCGUGUCGCUAUCCAGCGAGGUGCAGGGGCGCAGCGAGGCCGUCCUGACGACCUGCUCCGAGGUCUGCACGCAGGAGACGAUGCCGUCACGGUGGUAUCAUGCGCCCGUCAAGGCAGCCUUGUGCGUCUUCCAGGAGCUCAUGCGUGCACCCACUACGUACGCGGCCAGCGAGCCGGCCUUCUGGGCGUUUCUGGAAAGCGUUGUGCGAUACCACGCGCGUGACUUCCACCGCGGCGCUGUCCAGGUGGAGCUGCAGUGCGUUUUCGUGCCAUCGUUUGAGGAGAAGCAGAACACGGCGCACAGCGUAGACGUCUUCGGUGACUACGUCGACGAGGAGGAGCAGGCGCAGAGACGCGGCCCCGCAGCCGGCAAGGGCAGGACGGCAAUGAAGGUGUGCGUGAAGACCACCGAGGCCUUCGAGCACGUCAUGGCGUAUCUGAAGACACAGUGCCCGCUCCUCGAGGCCGACUUCGGGUCGUCUCACUUGGUGGUGUACGCCAAGUGGUCGUCGCGGUUGUCCGCUGCACGCGACUCGAGUCACUCGCAGCCACCAGCUGCCGACGCCACCGGUGCAGUGGAGCAGACCGCAUGCUUCGUUUGGCUGCAAGAUGACGCGGUGGGCGGGGGGCGGGACGGUGUCUAUGCGGAUGCCGCGCUUGAGGCCCUCCUAGACGAGCUCACCCUCGCCGCCGCGUCGAUCAGCACGCCAUCGAGGGCGGCCGCUGUUCUGCAGGAGGAAGGCGUCAGCGCCUUCUUCGAGGCGUGCUGCCUCACACACACGCUGAAGAGAGUGAUACGCAAACACUUUCAGGCGGUUGUGCUGCGGCAGCGGCCGCUGUUCCACUGGGUUAUCUCGCUUCCCCCGUACUCCCGACUGAACAUGUCCACCACGGGAGCUGCCGUCACUGCGAUGCGCUUCAGUAACAGCGCUGCGGUGUCGCGGGCGGUAUGGAGCGCGACCGAGAUGCUUGUCCACUGGCAGCAACUGUCCAACUCUGUGCACGCACUAGCGAAGGAGGCGCUGAAGCGGAGUUUUGGUCGAGCGAACCGGCCGUCUCGGCAGAUUGUUUCUGCCCCGCCGCGGGUGCCGCGCCAGCGCCGCGCCAUCCAGCAAAGUGCCCUCUACGGCGACACCUUCGCUGGUGACUCUGCCCUUGACCGCCAGCGCGGCAAGGUCAACGUCUCUCAACUGUACGGCGCUGACGAGGGGCACGGCGCGUCCAUCAGCCUCGGCUGCACUCAGCGGGGGCCGGUCCUGGCGGCAUCUGGGUUAUUCCACAGCCUACGGGGCAUCGAGGCGGACUCUUUUAACAACACAUCGGUGCUUGAUGCUGAGGAUGUGUUUGGUAGCUACCCAAAGCUCACAACGCGUGUUGUCAAACGACUCACCCAGAGCCUGACGGGUGUCCACACCGCUCAGUGA